AUGCCUAACAGAGGUCCUACUCUAAUCAACCUCCCUCCGCCUCCUUCAGACCCUGCCACGCCCAGCGAAAUGGGACCGGGCACCCCCAACUCCACAACCACGUCUCUCUCGGCAUUAUCUGUUGUCGCCAUAAAAGACGGAUCAAUCGGCCAUGGUGGCAGAGGAGCGGCCGCAUCGGCAAAUACUCUUGAAGCCGAACGAGCCGAUCGCAUCUCUCGCCUCGCCGGCCUGGAGAGAGUUGCGACAUCUCGACCUACUCCGUUAGGACACCUUGCGCCCGGCUCUGGCGCCUUCCAUGGUCAAGGCUUUGAUUAUGCGCCUCAAUUCAAAGAACGAAGUACUGUUGGGAGUGCCAGCGCAACGGGCAGCGUAGGUGGUCGAACCACUUGGGCGAGUGGUAGUGUCGAUUACGAUGCGGAUAAGAUGAGCGAAGACCCGGAUGACGGGGUUUCGAGCACCGGUGGAUUCAGUGACGAGGAUAAGGCCAGUCUGGUCGGAUUCGGUGAAGGGGCAGGCAGCACAGUCAGCGGCCCCGUCUCUACCCCUUACAACACUCGUGCCUCUAUUUCUCGACAGAGCACCAAUGUCAAUGCUCCGUGGACUCCACGAACCGGCACUCUACCGAUGUUUGGCUCUGGGCAGAGCACACCUAUGAGUGGCAUUACCCCCAGUGCUGCUGCAGGAAGCACCGACCCCAAGAUGAUGGACGGGAUGAGCUACGACCAGAAUUUCCUCGACACGACAAUGCAGCCGGCUCCACCGGUCGAUGACCACUCAACACACCCUCAUGCUAACCGAUUUUCGGGCAUGGGAACUGAGAUGGCAGAGGAAGUCAUGCGCGAUCGACUGAGAGAUCUGGAGCAGGCACAACAAUCGAUGCAGCCCGGGGAGGGGCAGACAUUGGGCAGAUUUCCCUUCGAGAAGGAAUGA